AUUUCUUCUUCAACUACUAUGUAACAUUUCAACAUGUCUUCUUCCUUAUUCUUCUUACUAUUCCGUCGAAAUGCUAAUACCAAGAUCAAAACCAACCUCACGCACUCAAACUGUCACGUGCGCGCACGUGAGUUCUCAUCAUCGGAACCAAAGAAAAAAGAACGAAUAGAAAAAAUUCUAAUAGCAAACAGAGGCGAAAUAGCAUGCAGAAUCACCAGAACCGCUAAGAGACUCGGAAUUCGCACCGUCGCUGUUUACAGCGACGCCGAUAGAAACUCCCUCCACGUCGCAUCUUCCGAUGAAGCCAUUCGAAUCGGUCCUCCACCUGCUCGUCUCAGUUACCUCAGCUCUUCUUCCAUUCUCGACGCUGCUUUGCGUUCUGGUGCUCAGGCUAUUCAUCCUGGAUAUGGAUUUUUAUCGGAGAGUGCUGAUUUUGCUCAGCUUUGUGAAGACAAUGGGAUUGCUUUUAUUGGACCUCCUGCAUCUGCGAUCCGAGACAUGGGUGACAAGAGUGCAUCGAAGAGAAUAAUGGGGGCUGCAGGGGUGCCGCUUGUGCCUGGAUAUCAUGGAGAUGAACAAGAUAUUGAUAAAAUGAAGCUGGAGGCGGAUCAAAUUGGUUAUCCGGUCCUCAUUAAGCCAACCCAUGGAGGAGGAGGAAAGGGUAUGAGGAUUGUGCACACUCCAGAUGAAUUUGCUGAAUCAUUCCUUGCAGCACAACGUGAAGCAGCUGCUUCUUUCGGUGUAAACACAAUUUUGCUGGAGAAGUAUAUUACACAACCGAGGCACAUAGAAGUCCAAAUAUUUGGGGAUAAGCAUGGGAAUGUUCUGCAUUUAAAUGAGAGAGACUGCAGUGUGCAGAGAAGACACCAAAAAAUAAUUGAAGAAGCUCCAGCACCAAACAUUUCUCCUGAGUUUCGUGCACACUUGGGUCAAGCGGCUGUUUCUGCAGCAAAGGCAGUUAACUAUUACAAUGCUGGGACAGUGGAGUUUAUAGUUGAUACAGUCUCUGGCCAGUUUUACUUUAUGGAGAUGAAUACCCGUCUUCAGGUUGAGCAUCCUGUCACAGAGAUGAUUGUUGGUCAAGAUCUUGUUGAAUGGCAAAUACAUGUUGCGAAUGGAGAUCCUCUUCCACUGAGUCAAUCACAAAUACCAAUAUUAGGUCAUGCUUUUGAAGCUCGAAUCUAUGCUGAAAAUGUUCCAAAAGGAUUUCUUCCUGCAACUGGAGUACUGCACCAUUAUCAAGUUCCAGUCUCAUCAGGGGUCCGGGUGGAUACUGGGGUUAAAGAAGGAGAUGCUGUUAGCAUGCACUACGAUCCAAUGAUUGCUAAGCUUGUAGUGCAGGGAGAAAAUCGUGCUGCAGCAUUGGUCAAACUGAAGGAUAGUUUGACAAAGUUUCAGGUUGCAGGUCUACCAACUAAUGUCAACUUUCUUCUAAAGCUCGCUAAUCACCGGGCAUUUGAAAAUGGCAAUGUGGAGACUCAUUUUAUUGAUAAUUACAAGGAAGAUCUCUUUGUGGAUGCUACAAAUUCAGAGUCUGCCAAAGAAGCAUAUGAAGCUGCUAGGCGCAGUGCAUCCCUUGUAGCUGCAUGUCUCAUUGAGAAAGAACAUUUCAUAUCAGCUAGAAACCCCCCUGGUGGCAGCAGCUUACACCCUAUAUGGUAUACUUCACCGCCUUUUAGAGUCCAUCAUCAAGCUAAGCGUAUGAUAGAACUUGAGUGGGAUAAUGAGUAUGAUAGUGGUAGUUCAAAGAUCCUGAAGCUUACUAUCACUUACCUGCCUGAUGGGAGGUACCUGAUUGAGACAGAUGAAAAUGGAAGUCCUGGUUUAGAAGUUAAAGCAACAUAUGUAAAAGAUCAUGAUUUUAGAGUUGAAGCUGAUGGUGUAAUCAACGAUGUUAACCUUGCUGUAUACUCGAAGGAGCAAAUGAAGCAUAUUCAUAUUUGGCAAGGGUCCUUUCAUCAUUAUUUCAAAGAGAAAAUAGGCCUCACUUUGUCUGAGGAUGAGGAAUCCCAACAUAAACCAAAAUCCGAAUCAUCUGGAGUUCCUCGAGGAGCUGUUGUGGCACCCAUGGCAGGCUUGGUAGUUAAGGUUCUAGUAAAGAACGAGACAAGAGUAGAGGUGGGACAACCCGUGUUAGUAUUAGAAGCGAUGAAGAUGGAGCAUGUUGUAAAGGCACCAUCAUCUGGCUAUGUACACGGACUACAAGUUACAGUGGGUGAACAGGUUUCUGAUGGUAGUGUUCUCUUCAAUGUAAAGGAUCAAUAAAAUUAAACAGGAGUACAACUUUAGCCAAGAGUUUGUUAACAGGGACCUGAUUCUGGAUGGAUGGUUAAAAGUGAAGCAAUCAUGUGAGCUUCUACAGAGAUUACAUAUGCUGCUUACACAAAUGAAUAAACAACACCUGCAUAUUGAUUACUUGUUGAAAAAUCUGUGUAACCCAAUCGCCACGUUACAAGAAAUGAAAUAAAAGAAUGCAAUUACUUCCUCCAGUUAUUAAUAAUAACAAAGUUAGUAAUUGCUUCAAUUUUAGAUAUUCUUCCAUCCAUAAUGAGUAUUUUCCUGCGCUUUCGGUA